AUGACUGUGUACUAUGCCAACCGCAACCUCUCUCCAGAGCAGGGCGAGCAGUGGCCAAUGAAUUUCUCAUCGUUGCCACCCUCUGAAUAUGAUCGCCUUCUUGGCUGGUCUAUGCUGGGGGUGGGCUUCACCAGCUCUGACCCCGUCCCACCACCCCAGAACGCUCAGCUGCAGUUUGCAGAUGUCUCAUCGACCGAGACGUACGGCCUGGACAUGACGAAAGACUUCUGGUGUCCCUCAAGCUACCCAAACGCCAUGGGUACUACUGGGUAUCACACACCUGCGCCAUUCAGCAACCCCCAAGCCACCGUAUACCAAGACCAUGAACAGACCGGUGUCCACGAUCCAACAACUUCUACUCCGUACCAACACCCGGGCUCGGACACUCCACAGCGACCGAUCCGAAAGCUGAAGCGGGAAACCCUCAGCCCCAAGUCGCAUCCGUCGCCCUCCAUGGCGACACCUAUCAGACCCAAGCCAAUGCCAAAACGGCGGUCAUCGCAAGACAGCAACACAUCACAGCGCCGGCGGUCUACAUCUUCCGAGAACAAGGAUGACGAUCCGAAUAUCUGCAUGCUGCGAAAGAAGGCACAUAAUCAGGUGGAAAAGCGUUAUCGCGCCAACCUGAACGCAGGGUUCAAACAACUAGAAGACGUCACCAAACAAGACUCCACGACCACAACGACCGAUACUAAGAUGGCGAAGGGCCUAAGACCCGGUCGCAAAGCGUUGAUUCUGCAACAUGCAUAUGAACACAUCAUCGGUCUUCAGGCUGAGCUCCGGUCGCUGCAGAAACGGCUUGGCGAACGGUGA